AUGGACGCCAUCCCGAUCCAGCCGCUCUCGCUGUCUCCGGCAGCUCCGGUCGGCUCGUCUCUAUCGACGCCGACGUCGCCGACUUCGCCAACGUCGCCGACGUCGCCCUCCUCGACCAGUUUUGCCGCCCGUCGUUCGCGGCACGGGCCUUCGCUCUCGCUCGACCUCUCGGGCCUGCCGCCGCCCAUGCUGAUGCACCAGCCGCCGGCCGCGACGGCGCCGACCAACACGCUUCUCCUGACCAACCUGUUGCAUCCAGACGUCUUCCGGCCAGACAAUCUGCAGACGCUGCGCGAGCUGAUCACACAGACGGCACCGCUGCACUCGUGGGCGCCGCUGCGGUCUUUCCGCCGCAUUGUCGUGUCCUUCUUCUCGGCCGCCGACGCCGUCCGCGUUCGUGGCCUCUGGGAAAACAAGGCCGUCUUGGGCGAACCCGUGCAGGUCUACUAUGGCCGUACCACGCCGCUGGAUGUUGGCGGGCCUGGCCAGAUCCAGCAUCUCGCCCUGCCUGACGCCGGCAAGCUCUUCUUCAUCAGCCCGCCACCGUCGCCGCCACACGACUGGCAGAUGCGCCUCGAAGGCGCCCCCAACAAACAGGUGCACGCCGACGAUCUCGCCGAGGCCCUCGCCCGCCUUCAUCACCAGGCCUCGACUGCCGACCAGUUUGACGUCGGCAGCCACCAGAACAGCAGCCAGACCGACGUCGCCAUGGCCGACAUGCCCUCGCCCGCCAGCAGCACCGCCGCCAGCCGCUCCGCUACCUUUAACGCCUCAUCUACCUCCCGCUCUACCCGCAGCCGCAGCUCCACCCUCGUCAUCUACCAGCCCGCUGACCAUGGCUGUCUCGGCAGCCUGCCCGCCAUCGCUGUCGAAGACCUCACCGCCGAGCUCGACAUCGAGCCGCCGCCCGCCCCCAUCAUGGCCCAUACCCAACGGCCGCCCGUCGAGCUGAUGAACGACGCCUAA